AAUCAAAUAUCCAUAGUAAUCUCACUCAAGCUGAUUGGCUCUUUUCCCAUCACUGUAAAAGCAAUGAAGUUAUUUGUUUUCAUUCUGCUUGUAUGUCUCCUGGUUGAAUACAAUGAAGGCAUGAUGAUUGUGCCCAAAAGCACGUGUCUGUGCAGCAAUGCUGAAGUGAACUUCAUUAAACCAAGGAACAUUGCAAAGAUUGUGCUCCAUAGACCCAGUUCAUUUUGCCAGAAAAUGGAGAUCAUUGUUACAAUGAAAAAUGGUGGGUUUAAAAAGUGUUUGAAUGCAGAAACAAAGUUUGCGAAAAAAUUCCUCGAACAUUCAAAGAUGAAGAACAGGAGCGUGAAGAAAAUGUAGGCUUAGAAACCCAGGAGCCAAGUGAAAGUGUCGUGAAUAACAGAAGUUAGUCAUUAAAGAACGCUUCAAAUGUAAUAUCAUAAUGGCAAAUGAAUAGAUAACAUCAUUCAUGGUAGUAAUCAUAAUAAUUAGACAUAGAAUCUAUGUAACUGAAGAAAUUUCUGCAGUUUUAGAUUUGUAUGAUUUAUGUUUUUUUAUCGUAUUAAAAAUUGUACUAGCAUGUAAAAUAAAAUUAUUAACAAAAUACAUUGGAAAUAUGAUAUUUAUAACACUAAAAUUUGAUUUUUUUAUGUUUGAAGUCUAUCCAUGUUUUGUAACUUUUUUCCCUAUAAGUUUUGUUACUUGUAGGGAUUUUCCCAUUGUGGUAUAAUUUUUAUGUACAACUGUAUAAAAAUAUCUUCAUGAUAUAUAAGGAACAUAGUGUCUUCAAUAUGGUAUUGCAUUUACACUUGCUUUGUUUCUAGCACAGUAUAACCCAAUUACAGAGAAAGUCAUAAAUAUUCCCAGAGAAAUGUUAACAAUGAACUCACAUUGAUCUAGUAAUGCAGCUGUCACUGGAAGAGGGUCUUGAGGUGAUUUUUAAGGUUGAGAGGAAUUCUGAUGGCCAUGUAAGAUAUACAGACAGAGAUAAUAAUAACUUUGUCUUAUUGCUAUAGAACAGGGGUCACCAAGCAUUUUGAAACUGAGAGCUACUUCACGGGUACUGAGCUAUACGAAGGGCUACCAGUUUGAAACACCCUCUUAACCUUAUCUAAGCUUCAUGUAUAAUAAACAUGUUUUAAAUGCUUUUUUUUUAGA